AUGACGACCUCCUCUCCAUCCAUGAUGCUCAUUGAGGGUGAUGAACAAGACCUCUUUGAGUUGUUUGAUUCUCAUCAACAACAAUCACAAGAACAACAACUAGGUCAAUUUUGUUCUUCAUUCGAUCAUUCACUUCUCACGACGACCACUGAUAGGUUAGAUCAUAAAGAAUAUCAUGAUCACUCGACAUCUCCAUUAUGGAAUGAGAACACUCCAAGCAAUCACAUGACAUGGAGCUGCUCUGAGACAACUUGCACUGGAGCUGGAAAGAUUGCAAAUAAUGCCACCACAAUAACUGGCAAUCAUGAUUCCAAUGCUUGCUCUUGUCAUGAAGGAUCACUCAUGUUGAAAUUAGAUGUGAAUGAUUUCAUGACUUGCUAUUUACUCAUGAAGAGUAGUCCAGAUUGUUCAACCUCACCGAUGAACAUGAUUCCAGAAUUCUUCAUCCAAAAGGUUCAAAAUUCAUCAGCCACCACCACAGCCAUGAGCUUUCCAACCGUAAUGGACGAUCGAACGGUGCAGUUGAAUGGUGAUGAAUCAUCAUCCUUCUUCUUCUUUCACCAAAAUUUACAACUCAUAACACAGAAUGAAACAAAUCACCUCGAUCUCUUCUCUCCUCCAUGGAUCCAUCUUCCUAUCCAACAUGCUUCAACACCGGUGAACAUGGUUUCAAAGAACUCCUCUUCAAGAGGACAACCAAACGUUGAGAACACCACCACCACUUUCACCAAACCUCCAAAACUAUGCUCCUCAACAUCAACCAGAAACCCAAACCACAACCCCAAUCGACCACAACAACAACAACCCUCAUCGACCACUCAUGGCCACAACUCUUCGAGUUUCAAGACUCCUCCAAAACCUGAAUCCAUGCAAUUUACAUUUCCUUCGUGGACCUUUCAUCUUCUCAACACUGCCGCCAGUCCAGAUGAAUCUAAUUCUUCUAAAAGAAAAGCAAAGCCUUUAUCCCCUCUAGAGAGGAAUCACUCGCAUGAAGAAACAAAGUCUUCCAACAAUGGAAAAAGUACUUUGAGAGGAAAGAAGGGAAUUAAAUUUAAGGUCCAAACAUUUUCUCCAUUUCAUUCCUUGUAA